AUUAGAUCUUACAAAUUCAUACGAAUUAGCCACUAAAUCAAAAAGUUACAAAUUGCCAUGAGAUUGCGUUGGAAAAAGCAAAAGGCUGGUGACCUGAGUUUCCAAAGACCAGCAUAUUUUCCAUUGUUUUCACACAAAACACUGCUAACUAAUACCGUUAUUGUAAUCAUGAGCACUGCAAGCUAUCAGGUCAGGAAAGGUGAGAGACUUUUAUUUUGAUAAAAAAUAACCAAAAUAAUAUCGCUGGUUUUAGAAAAUCUCUUUUUAGAUCUUUGAAGUCUAUCAGAAUGCCAAAAAAAAAAAAAAAAUCCUCCAAAGUGACACACACAUUUUUAUAGUAUUGUGGAAUAUUGUAAAACAUGUAUGUAUGUAAAACAACUUGUGAGUAUGUUUCAGCAUCAUUACUCCUUUUCCACAUCCUUCCAAAUCAUUAUAUAAUUGUCCGCUCUUUUAAGAUUAAUUAGUAGGCCUAACUUAUCGGUUCAAUUAGUAUAGGGUACCAUUAGUGCGACCCAUAUAACUGGACAAGGCCUAAGCUUUUGCCGGGUUUGCUUUGACCUCUUUCCCCCUCACAGUCUAUUAAUAGUCGGACUGAAGUGAGUGACUCCACGAUUGAGUUUCACAGCCACGCUCCAGACCACUGCAAUUCACAAACUUCGGGAAUAACUUAAAGUGUUUUCUCGUGGAUUACCCAGUGCACUGCCGCCUUUGUGAGAUAUGAGCGGGCUUCGAGCUGUUCUCGGUUUAGACGAGGAGGAGAAACGGGAUCAGUCGCGGCGCGAAGCUGCCGGUCUGCUGAAGGCGCGCUUUCUAGACGCGCUCUUGCGUAACGACGCGGCGGAGGUUGCAAGAAUCCUGCGCACCACCAGCAUUGAUAUAGACACUGUGUUAGACGUGGAGGACCGCGAUAUGGUCCUUGCCUCGUAUAAGCAAGGCUACUGGCUGCCGAGUUAUAAACUGGAGACGUCCUGGGCGAUGGGUCUUCACGUGUGUAUGAUGUACAGCGCAUUGGAGAGUGCUGUGGUUCUCCUGCAGAACGGUGCAGCGGUCAACAGAAAGCCCAAUGGGAAGACGCCUCUACAUGUGGCCUGUACGGUGGCCAGCGCUGACUGUGUGGGUCUCCUGCUGGAGUGGGGCGCACGGAUCAACAGCAUGUCUCUGAGCGGACACACGCCAUUACACUACUGCAUCACACCAGAGUCACUGGACUGCGCCAAACUACUCGUGCUCAAAGGUGCCAAACUUAACAUGCCCAGUGAGGAGCACGAGGACACCCCUCUGCACACGGCGGCCCGCUACGGGCUCCCAGAGCUGGUGGCUUUUUAUAUCGCACAUGGAGCCGCUAUUAAUGCAGUCAACUGCUACAGAGAGACGCCUCUGAUCACUGCUGUUUUCUGGGCCAUGGACAUUCGUGAGCGGACCUACAGCUCAGACCACCAUCUUGUCUGCCGGAUCCUGCUGGACCACAAUGCUAACCUGCAUAUGCAAGAGGAAGACAAGAAGACGGCGCUGCACAAAGCCUGCUGGAACUGUGACCAUGUGCUGGUUCAGAUGUUGCUGGAGGCCGGAGCGCAAGCUAAUGAUAUGGAUGUCAACGGCUGCGCGGCGAUACAGUAUGUGCUGAAGGUGACGCAGAUCAGGCCGUGGGCUGUUCCUGAACGCUGCUAUCAGCUGCUUCUGAACUAUGGAGCAGCACGAGUGUAUCCGCCGCAGUUUCACAAGUAGGUUUUGCAGGCGUGUCAUGAAUACCCCAGAGCAGUGGAGGUCAUGGUAAACUCCUAUGAGCACAUCAAAUACACCAAAAAAUGGAGGGCUGCAAUACCUGAAGCUGUAUAUGAG